CAUAAGCAAGUGGGCAACCCGUUUAACAACCCGCUGCUUGGUAAGCGUCAAACACAGAACAACAGAGGGGAUAUUUUGUGGCGUCAAACUCAGCUGAUUCAAUGUUUAUUUGGAAUAUUGUAGUUCUUUUUAAUUAAAUAUCUAUUUUAAAUAUGUAUAGAAUAGAGGAUGGAAUUUUUUAAGAAAAAAAAGCACCGCGAAAAUAUCGUAUUACGCCUGAUCAAUAGGGAAACGUUCGGAUGCCAAAGAGCAGGCACCCAGAUCCACCGGCAGUUUUACCAAAAUGUGUUUCCCAAUUUUACGGUGAUCAACGUGGAGAAGCCCCCUUGCUUUAUCAGGAAAUUUACGCCAGAUGGAAAGCAUGCCAUUGCCUUUUCAUCGGACCAAUCCUCCUUGGAAGUGUAUACGUAUCAGGGCCCAGCUGCUGUCGCCGACCUGUUGCAGAAAGUUGGAAACUUGGAGAAUUUGGAUAAGAAGGUUCAGGAGGAUAUAAAGAGGAAUAUUUUCGGGCGAUUUUUUAAGUUAAAACACUUUAUUAAUAUUACCGCCACUGAGCACCUCAACCGGGAAUGUAGCCUAUUUGUCGAUGAGGGCCGCUAUGCGAUUAUUGGAUCGGCCUGUUUCAUUCCAGAAGAAAUUCGGCCACAUUUUUACGAAAUAUAUACCAAUAAUGAAGCCAUUACACCCACAGCCAGGACACCAUUAGAAGAGUACACGCUACACCUAGUGGACAUUCACUUGGGUAAACUUUGCGAUACCCGGCACUUUAAGGUGGAUAAAAUAUUCCUAUCACACAACCAAGGCUUGUAUUUGUAUAAGGACACACUGGCUGUUCUAUCAGUUCAACACCAGGUGAUCCAUAUUUUUCAAAUUAUCGACGGAAUGUUCGUGGACGUGAAGCAGAUUGGUAGAUUUUGCUACGAAGAUGAUUUGUACUUAUACAACUUGGUCUACCCGUCUGAAAGAGCGUUUAAAGAUGUGUGUAUUAACUCGCUAAAGCACCGACUAUUGACGUUUUUAUAUAAAAGGGCGGCAGCAAUAAGCGCCCGGUCCGGCAACCCGACUGAACUGAGAAAGUUCUAUCAUUAUUUUGACAAUUUUAAAUCAUUGAAAAUGUGGAAGAUGCAGCUCCUAGACGAAAAUCACAUCUUGAUAAAAUACGCCAGCGAAGAUGUCGUCACGUUGAGGCAGGCGGAUGCCAACAUCAGUGAACCCCAAUUCUUCGCAGUGUAUAAUAUAAUGGAAAGCCGCGUUUUAGCGGUAUAUGAAAACAGCUCUUCUGAGCUGCUUAGUCUGUAUGAGGACUUUGGUGAUCAUUUUCGGAAUGCUUGUCUGCACCGGCCAAUUCAAUUCACUUGCAGUCCCUCCAAUAAUUUAUAUGCUCGGCUGCACCACUUCAGGUACAAGCAUACUAUCACAUUUGCCAAGUUUGGAGGACAAGUGGAAGCAGUUAAGCGGAUUUUAGCCCAUUUGCCAAUCAGCGCACAGUCUUACACAGUGUCUCCGUAUUUGGACUAUUCUCUCUUCAGUUAUGAUGAUAAGUGGAUUUCCGUAAUAGAGAGGCCUAAGCAGUUUGGAGAGCAUCCUAUUAGAUUCAAUGCCCGACAGUCUGGAUAUUUAAAAUUCCGCCUAUACGUGGAUAAUCAGCGGCAUUUGCCAUCUUCUGCAAGGCGCCUGGUUGCUUUCACGUUUCAUCCUACAGACCCUUUUGCUGUAUCCGUGCAAAGAACUAAUAAUGCUGAAUACAUUGUUAAUUUCCACGUGAGAUAUGAUAACCAAAAUCCGGACUACAAUUCUUAUGACGCUAACCAAUACAACUGUAUGUAAAAAGGUGAGUCGAAGUCCAUCUAGUUGUUGGAAACCAGAUCUAUAUUUUUAGGAAAACUCUUUUAUUUCAUUGCUCUUCUAUUUCGAGUAUAUUCGAACAUCUAGUAAUAUGUAAAAACAUAUUACUAUUUUAGAUAACGUAUUUUUUGAAUACUGUGAUAUAACUGUGUAUGGAAGUCAAUUAAAGAUGAGAUUUUUGUAAAUAACUAUAAUGUGGUCAAACAAUAACGUGCUUAGUAUUACGUUUCUUGAUAAUAUCGAACACUUCGUGCAAUAAAGACUGUGCUUUAUGAAAA